AUGGACAGCGGUCACGCUUCGUCCGUCCGGGCAUGUCCUCUCUCGCCGGCGCGACUCCAUCGACUUGCCCUGCUGUGCUCGGCGCUGAUUGUUCUCCUACGGGAAGCUGCAGCCCUGGAGGUCCCUGCGUGCCCCGCGCGCCUGGACGCCGACGUCCUCGUCCUGGGCGCCGGCAUCGCGGGCAUUUCAGCCGGAAAAGCCCUGCACGAGAACGGCGUCGAAGACUUUCUGAUCAUCGAAGGCACGGACAGGGUCGGUGGUCGGAUAAGGAACCAGGAGUUCGGUGGCAUACGGGUGGAGGUGGGCGCGAACUGGAUCCACGCGGUGGACCCCACGGGCGACGCGCCCAAAGUCAACCCUAUAUGGGAGCUGAGGGAAAAGUGUGGGCUGGAGGUGGCCAUCAACGACUGGGAGGACUCCGUGGUUUACGACGGCGACGGAAACGAAAUCGACGAUGACGCUUUCAGGUACGAGGAUUUCGAGACGGCCUUCAAUCGGGUCGUCGAAAUGUCCAAGGACCUUGGGGCCCAGGGGAAGGGCGAAGUCACGGGGGAGCUGAUCCUGUCCGGCGUGAAUGUCACGUCGCUUGUGGGGCCGAGGGGCGACGUAAACCUCAAGGACGCGUUUGCCGCCGCCGGGUGGACGGCCGAGACGCCCGAAGACGUCUUCGUGGAGUACGCCGAGUUGGACGAUUGCUCGGGAGAGCGUCCAGACAAGCUGGGCCUCAAGCACUUCAAGAGCUCUGUGGAAGUUUUCGAGGCGUUUGGCGAGGAGGAUGCUUUCGUCACGGACCAGAGGGGCCACGCCCAGGUGGUGAGGUGCCUCGCCGAGGACUUUUUGGUCGAUGGGGAUGACCGGCUGCGGCUGAGUGCUCCCGUGAGGGCCAUGCGUUACAGGGACGAGUGCGUGUGUGUGGACAUCGUCCCAGAGGGCGGGAAAGCCGGCAAUGAGACGGUGUGCGGGCGCUACGCCAUAGCCACCUUUUCAUCGGGCGUGCUGCAGGAUUCCGCGUUUUCGGAAUCUCCCUUCGUGGAAAUGUCGCCCCCGCUGCCGGAUUGGAAGCGAGAUGCCCUGUCCCUGACGAACAUGACGGUCUACCUCAAGAUUUUCGCCAGGUUCAGCGCGGCAUUUUGGGACGACGUCGAGUUCAUCGGCAGGGCGGCCACGCCGCCCAAUGCGGCGAUGGACUGGGCAUCCUUCCUGCCUAUGAGCCUUUCUAGCGGCAAGUUCGCCCCCAUUCCCGCCAACACGCCCAUCAUCAUAGCCAAUGUUGCAGGAGACCUGGCACGGCGCUUGGCAAGACAGACCGUGGAAGAGAACACGGAGGAAAUGAUGGCGGUGCUGAGGGGGAUAUACGGUCCAGACAUUCCGCCACCUGAGGAGGUGUUCAUACCCGACCUGCACAACAGCCCUUUCUUUCGAGGCAGCUGGACUAAUUAUUUGGAAGGGGCGAGCCAGGAGACCGUUGAGCUGUUGCGGGUACCGCUUGGGGCGCUGCACUUUGCGGGCGGAUACACGAGCGUGAAGUACUUGGAAUUUACACAGGGCGCCCAUCUCGAGGGCCUCAGGGUCGGGCAGGCGGUGGCUACGAAGAUCCUCACAAAGUGA